CACCAUGUCAAAGUCCUCUUGUUCUCAUGAGCUGAACUCUGCUCACUAAAUAUUUGUGGUCCUCUUUUGCAGAGUGAUGAGGUCCUCACCGUCAUCAAAGCCAAAGCCCAGUGGCCAGCCUGGCAGCCUCUCAACGUGAGAGCAGCUCCUUCAGCUGAAUUUUCAGUGGACAGGACGCGCCACUUGAUGUCCUUCCUGACCAUGAUGGGCCCCAGUCCCGACUGGAACGUGGGCUUGUCUGCAGAGGAUCUGUGCACCAAGGAAUGCGGCUGGGCCCAGAAGGUGGUGCAGGACCUGAUUCCCUGGGAUGCCGGCACCGACAGCGGGGUUACCUACGAGUCACCCAACAAACCCACAAUUCCCCAGGAGAAAAUCCGGCCCCUGACCAGUCUGGACCAUCCUCAGAGUCCUUUCUAUGAUCCAGAGGGCGGGUCCAUCACUCAAGUAGCCAGAGUUGUCAUCGAGAGAAUCGCCCGGAAGGGAGAACAAUGCAAUAUCGUACCUGACAAUGUCGAUGAUAUUGUAGCAGACCUGGCUCCAGAAGAGAAAGAUGAAGAUGACACCCCUGAAACCUGCAUCUACUCCAACUGGUCCCCGUGGUCCGCCUGCAGCUCCUCCACCUGCGACAAAGGCAAGAGGAUGCGGCAGCGCAUGCUUAAGGCGCAGCUGGACCUCAGUGUCCCCUGCCCUGACACCCAGGACUUCCAGCCCUGCAUGGGCCCCGGCUGCAGUGACGAAGAUGGCUCCACCUGCACCAUGUCCGAGUGGAUCACCUGGUCGCCCUGCAGCAUCUCCUGCGGCACGGGCAUGCGGUCCCGGGAGCGGUACGUAAAGCAGUUCCCAGAGGACGGCUCCGUGUGCACGCUGCCCACCGAGGAGACGGAGAAGUGCACGGUCAACGAGGACUGCGCUCCCAGCAGCUGCCUGGUGACCGAGUGGGGCGAGUGGGAUGAGUGCAGCGCCACCUGCGGGAUGGGCAUGAAGAAGCGGCACCGCAUGGUCAAGAUGAGCCCGGCAGACGGCUCCAUGUGCAAGGCCGAGACAUCCCAGGCGGAGAAGUGCAUGAUGCCGGAGUGCCAUACCAUCCCAUGUUUGCUGUCCCCCUGGUCCGAGUGGAGUGACUGCAGCGUGACCUGUGGGAAGGGUAUGCGGACCCGCCAGCGGAUGCUCAAGUCUCUGGCCGAACUUGGAGACUGUAACGAGGAGCUGGAGCAGGUGGAGAAGUGCAUGCUGCCCGAAUGCCCCAUUGACUGUGAGCUCACCGAAUGGUCCCAGUGGUCUGAAUGUAAUAAGUCAUGCGGGAAAGGCCACAUGAUUCGAACCCGGAUGAUCCAAAUGGAGCCUCAGUUUGGAGGUGCACCCUGCCCAGAAACUGUGCAGCGAAAAAAGUGCCGCAUUCGGAAAUGCCUCCGAAAUCCAUCCAUCCAGAAGCUGCGCUGGAGGGAGGCCCGAGAGAGCCGGAGGAGUGAGCAGCUGAGGGAAGAGUCUGAUGGGGAGCAGUUUCUAGGCUGCAGGAUGCGCCCAUGGACGGCCUGGUCAGAAUGCACCAAACUGUGCGGAGGUGGGAUACAGGAACGCUACAUGACUGUAAAGAAGAGAUUCAAAAGCUCCCAGUUUAGCAGCUGCAAAGACAAGAAGGAGAUCAGAGCAUGCAAUGUUCACCCUUGUUAGCAAGGGUACAAGUUCCCCAAGGUUGCACUCUAGAUUCCACAGUCACCAAUGGCUGGAUUGUUUGCUUGUUUAAGACAAUUUAAAUUGUGUACACUUGUUUUCAUUUUUGCAAUGUGGUUCGUCCAGUAGUCUUGUGGAUGCCAGGGACAAAUACUUCUUGGUGGGUACAGGCUGUGUGGGGCUCCAUUACCCUCAGCCAGCCCUCCUGCUACACAGAAAUGAGUAGUGUAAACCACCUUGUACUAAACUGAAACUUGUCCCUCUGAAGCAUCCACCUGGCCAGGCAGGGCAGAGACCACAUGGAGGGGCAAUCAUGUCUGAAAAUGACAGUGCCUGGGUCCCAGGAGGCAGCAGGUAGGAAACAUUUCUGAUCAGUUGUAGGAAGCAGAAUCCCCUCCUUCUUAUCUUUGGCCUGCUCACUCUUGCAGAAAACGAUUGUCUGCCCAUUCCUUUUCAUCAAGUGGAACUUUAGGUCUCUUGUUAAGUCUCUUCAGUCAUCAGUAGUUCUCGGGGAAACAGAGCUGGUAGACUUGAAGAGGAGCAUUGAUGUCGGGUGGCUUUUCUUCUUUCACUGAGAAAUUCUGGAUCCAUUUAUCUUACCCCCUAAUAUUGGUUCCUGAUAUCCCAGAGGAAAACAAUGAUGGCUGUUUUAUUUAAAUGUAAGGUAACCACACUCUUACCACACCCGAGAUAAACCACACCUGAGAUAAUGGGUACUAAGUGUAGAAAGUAUUUUUCCCUUGCUUUUUUGUUUUUUCACAAUUCUUCUAAGAAGCCAACCUUAUAAACCUGUUGGUUCAAGACCCUUAUUGGAACCAAGGACAAGGCAGCAAAAUUGGCCGCUCCAGCAGUCCCAAACCUGAGUUUUAAAACCUUCCUGUACAUAUCUAGACUUGCAAGUUUUCAAAUCUGUUUCUAACAUGAAUUCAUUAUGUAAACAUUUUUGCUGUCUGUCCAGAGUCCCCAAAUCAUUACUUCAACAAAAAUACUAUCUUUGUACUUCAAAGUCAUUUUCUAGUCAUAAAAAUUUUUUAUGUAGAGAAGUGUUUCAAAGACCCAGACAGACAGACAAUCUAGGAGAAAAGAAUAUUGUGGAAUCAAGCUGAACAAGAGAUUCUGGUGGGAAGUCAAACCUGUGUGAGCUCUCCACACAGACAUCCAUAGGGAAGGCCAGGGGUUUCUAUCCUCGUCCAAACAAUCACAAGCACACCAAAUUCAGGGAGACUGACUACCAAGCAUUAUUGUAAAAGGAUAUUUUUCUCAGUUGAGUCCAUCAGCAGUUUUGCUCAUGCAUUUAUCACUAAAGCUAUUGUUUCAUUUCUUUUACUGCUUAAUCCAAAUAUGUACCAUAGGGGAAAUGCAUACAGUGCUUUGAAUACACUACUUAGAAAAUCUGCACAAAUGACAUCAAGGCUAUUUCCAAACAAAACACACAUAUAUAUAUGACAUAACCUUAAAUAUGUAUUUUCUUUAAAACAAGAGAGACUGUUCAAUAAAAAACAUAUUGGAUCUGUCCUUACUGUUUUUAAGCUAAUUAAGUGUACAGAAGGUUGGGUAUUUUUACAAUUGUUAUCCACCACAUUUUCUUUCAAAGAUAUGGCUUUGGCUCCCUUACUCUGGAGCAGCCAUUAUUGUGACCAUAUGCCUGAGCUACCUGCAGCUUUGAAUUGUUUCCAACAAUUUUUUAAAUCUUUAAAUGAACUGAUUUCACCCCCCCCCCAAAGGAGCAUAAUAUAAUAUAAAGAAAUGAGGUUUAAUUUCCUACUCAAACAAUAAAAAAGCCCUGAUACAGAAUCUGUCCAUUUUUACAACAUUGUUCUAAGUUAUCUAGAUGCAUACUUAUUCUUAACCCAUGAAAAUCCAAGUUCCUCAAGAUGGUGAUUUCUAAGUAACUCUAAGGACAAGCCACCCUAGUGUCUCAUGGUAUUUGGUCCCUGUUGGGUACAUUAUUACUCCUGAUUUUGGAGACUUAAAACCAGGUAACUGGUUAAUGGCCUAGAAUGGGUAAUGUGAUUCUUGUCACAUGUGUUAUUUUUUGUUUGCAAUGGGGAAUUUAUAAGAAGCAUCAAAUCUCUUUCUUACCAAAGUCUUGUGUUAGGUGGUUUAUAGUUUUUCUGGCUAACCAAUCAUUUUGGAAAUAAAGACUUUUUACUACAAAAA